AUGGCAGAUAGCAUUACUAAUGAGAUAGAAACUGAGAUUCAGGAACUACAGGAUGUAUUGAAGGACGAGCUUAUGAAGCAACGAGAGCUUGCGGAUGUGGAGGAGGGAUUGCUUGAACAGACAUUCACAUUAGAGAAGACAACUGAAGAGCACAGAGAAGUGGCAUCGGCAACUAAAGCAAAGAUGUUUUGGAAAAACUUCAAGUAUUUCAUUGUUGGAGCAACUGCUGGCGGGCUGAUUCUGAUUUACUUGCUUUUUAUCAUUCUGUAG